AUGAUAGGCAUUUACAUAUUCAGCAUUGGCACUGCUCUUAUGAUUAGCUGCGGACUAGCAGGACCCUACUUAUAUGAGUCUUACAAAGAUGAUUUUGACACCGGCGCUUGGAGGCCAUGGGUUAAGCUUUUUUUAUUUAUUGUAACUUUCAUAAGCGGAGUUUCUACUGGUGUCUAUUCUUGGAUAAAUCUCAAAACUUUAUCAAUUGCUGCUACUUCUCUUCUAGCAAUUGCCGCACUUUGGGACCUCUAUUAUAUUAUAUUCGGUCUAUCAAUAGCUUCUCUCGAGCUAGUUAAAGACUUGAGUAACGCUUCAAUGCUCUCAGAUAAGACAAAAUGUUUCUCUCUAUCAACUCCAGAAACUUAUCAGUCAUUUCUCUAUAUUUCAAGUCUCUUCUUUAUUUUGACUUCAGCUGUAAGAUUUAUAUAGACCCUUGGCUUGGAUUUCUUUAUAAGAAAAUUUCUUAGAUUUAAUUUAGUCAACGCAGAAGUUAAGAUAGGUGAAGGCGAAUCAAGAGUGGUUAAUGAGUCUAAAAUCCAUCCAAUGGAUAAAACAGACUCAGACAAUUUUGCAAUAUUGCCAAUUGGACAGCAUAACCAGAGCGUUCAAAACGAAGAACUGUUUAGUCGAGUGGCUCCUGAUAAAAAUGAAAGCCUUUUCCAGAAUGUGUCAACUAGCCAAGUAAGAGAAGAACAAAAACCUGACGAGUUUUUUAGACGCGGAGCUGAAAAGAACACCGGAAAUUCGAGUGAAAAUUCUCCUACAUUGAGUCCAGGGAGAGGAAGAGGCAGAGGUAGAGGUAGAGGAAGAGGCCGCGGAGGCUAA